AUGGAUUGCUACUUAUGGCUCUUUUUCACUAUUUGCCUUUUGCGCAUUGAGGCUGCAAUUGCCAUGUAUGACCCUUGCUUGGUCGACGAAACCUUUCAGAAAUGUCUGUAUCCCAAGGCUCGUGGCUCUGUGCACUUCGAGUUUAAGCCACUGUUCCCCAAAGGUGUGGACUUUGUGUACUCAUUCGACUCGGAAACUCAGGAGGACGCCGAUCAGCAAUAUGUCCCCGAAGGCUCGGUUGCUGCACCGGAUUCAAAGGUUGCAUUCUGGUUGGAGUACCCGGAAGUCAACCUGAACCCAGCAGCGCAUACAGAAACAUACAUGGUGGUGUUGGCGAACGAGAACUUUACCGGUGAUCCGAGCGGAGGCAACAACGGCUGUGAUGGACUUUGGGGAGCCAAAUGCUCCCGGAGCCUAGCAGCAUGGUUCAAAGCCGAAAUAGCGGGCGGGGCAUAUAGUCCCGGAGAGGCGAUUAGCCAACUUAGGAGCUAUUAUGGGGGGGAAUCUAGAACAGAAGAAGGGAAGCGUAUAUUGGAAGACACCGGAUGCCCCGUUGGCUUCUUUAACGAGACUUUUGGAUAUGGAGCCUUUGCUACUGAAAACGGAGAAGGUUCUAGGAACACUCGAAUCAAUGCAUCUGGAGGUCCCAAAGCUGCGUGGAUUGUAGAGAAGAUCUCUUCCACUGGGUAUGACGAACAAAUCAAGAAAGGCGUUGGUAUGUUCGUUCUUCAGAAGCCACUGCAGGGUGACCUCUACAAAGACGUGAAAAAUCUGCAGCUUGUAAUGGCCUGCGUAAAAGCAAAGCGUCUGCCUGAGAAAAAUAGCCCCAACCAGGGAGGUGAUAAUGACAUGACUGGAAACGGCGGCUCUAACAUCCCAGGACUUCACUCCAGCGGUGCUGCCAGGCCGACAUUCUCUGCGGGCUUAGUAUCACUGGCAGCAGUUCUGGUAUGGGUAUCUAGCUAG